AUGUUCACUUUCACUCCCUUGUUGGGAUCACAGUCUGGUACUCGAGCCUCCCAAUCAAUUCUUGAGCUCGAUGGCGGUGUCAAAGUCCUGGUAGAUGUGGGAUGGGACGAACGAUUUGAUCCUCGGCAGUUAGCUGAAAUAGAGAAAAAUGUUUCAGCUCUAUCUUUCAUCAUUCUCACCCAUGCUACCACUUCCCAUAUUGGUGCUUUUGCCCACUGCUGCAAACACAUUCCUCUCUUUACUCAGAUUCCUGUCUACGCUACCGCCCCCGUCAUCGCCUUUGGACGAACCCUCCUACAAGAUCUGUACUCUUCCACACCCGCAGCUGCCACCUUUGUUCCGGGCUCAGACAACUCCGGUGCGGAUGAUCGAUCUCGCUCAAAUAUCCUACGUCAAGCCCCUACAUUCGAAGAGAUCAACAAAUACUUCUCACUUAUCAAUCCUUUGAAAUAUUCACAGCCGCACCAACCUACACCUUCUCAAUUCUCUCCUGCGCUCGAAGGUUUGACCCUGACUGCAUAUAAUUCUGGUCAUACACUUGGUGGGACAAUAUGGCACAUCCAACAUGGCAUGGAAUCGAUUGUUUACGCUGUGGACUGGAAUCAAGCCAGAGAAAAUGUAAUAGCAGGAGCAGCAUGGUUCGGUGGUGUUGGAGGUGCCGAAGUUAUCGAACAACUGCGCAAGCCGACAGCCCUCGUGUGUAGCAGUGUGGGUGCAACCAGAGUCGCUCUGUCUGGGGGCCGCAAAGCCCGAGACGAUGCACUGCUUGGACACAUUCGAAGUAGCAUCUCCAAAAAUGGCACAGUACUUAUACCGACAGAUUCCAGUGCUCGCGUUCUGGAGUUGGCCUGGAUAUUGGAAAAGGCAUGGUCGGAUGAGUCGAAUGCCUCUUUCCUCAGAAACACCAAAGUCUAUAUGGCCAGCAAAUCAGGAAAUGCCACCUUGAGACAUGCUAGAAGUUUGCUGGAAUGGAUGGAUGAUAGCAUUGUACGAGAGUUCGAGGGUGAUGAUGAGAAUACCAGUCGAGGUCAAACACACAGAAGAAGUGGAAGCAAGCAAGUGAAUAAUGGAUCGAAACCCAGCAGGCCAUUCGAAUUCAAGAAUGUCAAGCUCGUUGAACGAAAAAGUCAACUAGAGAAGUUGCUAAAGUCCGAAGGCCCCAGAGUCAUUCUUGCUAGUGAUUUGUCCUUGGACUGGGGAUUUUCGAAGUCCUUGUUGCUGGAAAUUACGCAGAGGCCAGAAAACCUCAUCAUCCUAACCGAGAGAACGGAGCUCAAUUCUACGGUCUUCAACACCAGUCACGAACUCUGGAAAUGGUACGAGGAGCGACGAGACGGUGUAGCUUUGGAACGGGCUCCAUCUGGGGAGCAGUUGGAGCAAGUUCACAGUGGUGGGAGGACGCUUAAAUUGACCAUCGCCGAGAAGGCGUCACUAAGCACUCAAGAGAGUCAACGAUAUCAACAGUAUGUUGCCACCCAGCGACAAAUGUGGGAUUCUCUUCUGCCUCCGACGGAACGAGAUGGAGGUGCUGCGGAAGACAACUUGGACGACGAAUCCAGCUCUUCAUCCGAAGAUGAAUCAGACAACGAACAACAAGGCCGAGUAUUGAACAUAUCCUCAGCUUUGGGUCAUGGAGCGAGAAAUAAGCUUGCGUUGAGCGACGCCGAUCUUGGAAUUAGCAUUUUGCUCCGAAAGAAAGGUGUUCAUGACUACGAUGUCAGAAAUAAGAAGGGCAGGAAUGCUCUCUUUCCUUACACACACGCACGAAGACGAGGAGAUGAAUUUGGUGAUUUCAUUAAGCCAGAAGACUUUCUGAGAGAGGAAGAAAAGGAAGAGCAAGAUGCUGCCAGAGAUGACAAAAACAGUGGUUUGUUGGGACAGAAGAGAAAAUGGGAUGAUGCGAACAAUAAGAAAGACGGUCAAAACAAACGCUUCCAUGGCCGCAGUACUCGUUCAGCAAGCCCUGCCGGAGGAGACUCGGAAUCAGAGGAAUCCGAAGCUGAGGGCGAAAUUGAGGCCGAAGGUAUUCAAGGCCCAGCUAAACUCGUGUUUUCCACCACAGACAUCUUGGUCAAUGCCAGACUCGCAUUUGUUGAUUUUGCGGGGUUACACGACCAACGAAGUCUACAAAUGCUGAUCCCGUUGAUUGGUCCCAAGAAACUAAUCCUCGUUGGAGGUAGCAGUCAAGAAAUUUCUUCACUGGCCUCCGACUGCAAAGAGCUAUUGGGCAUGAAGGUGGUGGGAGCAGAAGAUGAACCAACUGUGGAGAUAUUUACUCCUUCUGAAGGUCAAAUCAUUGAUGCAAGCGUCGAUACGAAUGCAUGGAUUGUCAAGCUCAGCCGAGACCUUGCUAAGACAUUGCAAUGGCAGAAUGUCAAGAAUAUGGGUGUCGUUACCUUGCAAGGCCAGUUGAAGGUGGAUAGUCAAGCUUCCAACCUACAUGAUGAUCCCCAGACUAAGAAACAGAAACUUGACAGCGAAGCCUCUCUGCAGACUGCAGUUCCAACCACGAAAGGCCUAGAGCCACUGCUUGACAUCUUACCAGCGAGUCUUGCUGCUUCUACAAGGUCCGUCACAACGGCCAUCCACGUGGGCGAUUUACGUUUGGCCGAUCUGAGACGACUCAUUGCACUCGAAGGUCACCUUGCGGAAUUUCGAGGUGAAGGCACAUUAUUGGUUGACGGAAUGAUUGCAGUGAAAAAGCUUAGCAGUGGUAAAAUCAUUGUGGAAGGGGUACCAGUUAGUGGUAUGACUCCCAGAGCAGCCGACAACUUCACCAGAGUCAAGCGAAAAAUCUAUGAUGGAUUGGCAGUCGUCGCUGCUGGAUAA